GGACCCAGAAACUCUCUCCAUUUAACAUUUUUAUACCGUACAAACAGUUUCGUGGGAGCAGUCGGUGGCUUGUAGUAAACAGUAUUAGCUUGGUGCCCGUUGUGUUCGAUAAACAGGAAUAACACGCGUGCCGCGAAUAAACCAUGUCCGCAUUAAAUCAACUGUGCAAAACUGCCGUCAGGACGGCCCUCAGGUCUUUCGCGACGACCUCCGCAAACAACGCAGGGGCCACCGUUAAUGGAUUUAACUUCGAGCUCAAUGACACCCAAAAGGAGAUGCAGGAGGUGGCUAGGAAGUUCGCCAGGGAGGAGAUAGCACCGGCCGCAGCCCACCACGACGAAACCGGAGACUGGCCGGAGGAGAUCCACAAAAAAGCUUGGUCACUGGGUCUCACCAAUAAAAGCAUCCCAGAACACUGUGGUGGCUUAAAUCAAAGCGUCUUCGACGGCUGUCUGAUCAGCGAGGAGUUCUCCUGGGGGUGCACCGGAAUAACCGUGGCAAUUGAAGGAUCAUCCCUUGGUCAAACCCCUUUAAUAAUAGCUGGCAACAAGGAGCAACAAAAGAAAUAUCUUGGGCGACUUAUAGAUGAACCAAUCGUGGCUGCCUAUGCUGUGACUGAACCUGGGGCUGGCUCAGACGUGAACGGCAUCAAAACCAAGGCGGAGAAGAAAGGUGAUGAAUACAUACUCAAUGGUCAAAAAAUGUGGAUCACAAACGGAGGAGUGGCCAACUGGUACUUCGUACUAGCACGCACCAACCCAGACCCCAAAGCACCAGCCAGCAAGGCCUUCACCGGUUUUAUUGUUGAACGUGAGUGGGAGGGUGUCAAACCUGGAAGAAAGGAACAAAUGAUGGGACAAAGAGCCUCAGACACUCGAGGAAUUACCUUCGAAGACGUGAGAGUACCAAAGGAAAACGUCCUCCUAGGAGAAGGGCAAGGUUUUAAAAUAGCCAUGGCUGUCUUCGACAAAACUAGGCCACCAGUGGGUGCAAACGCCACAGGGUUGGCCCAAAGAUGCCUGGACGAAGCCUUGAAGUACUCCCUGGAACGUAAGGCUUUUGGCACCGAAAUCAUUAACCACCAAGCCGUGGCGUUCAUGCUGGCCGACAUGGCCGUAGGAAUAGAAACAUCCAGGCUGGCCUGGAUGAAGGCGGCUUGGGAGGUGGACCAGGGCAAAAGGAACAGCUACAUCGCCGCCAUCUCCAAGUGCCACGCCGGCGACAUCGCCAACAAGUGCGCCACCGACGCCGUCCAAAUUUUCGGCGGCAACGGCUUUAACAAGGAGUACCCGGUGGAGAAGCUGGUCAGGGACGCCAAGAUCUUCCAGAUUUACGAGGGCACGACCCAGAUCCAGAAGCUGAUCAUCUCUAGACAACUUGUCGAAUACGCCAAGUCGAAGGCCGCCUAAAAUAAUGUUUUGUAUUAUAUUUUUGUUAUUUGAUUUACUUGUUUGUUUUAAUAAAAGCUGUUAAAAUAUAA